AUGCUAUAGCACUCGGGAAACAGUAAGAGGUUUUAAUCAAUCGCAGAAAUCCCAGAAAUGGACAUUUCCCAGAAAAUAUAACAAUCUUUUCGUAAAUUAAAUGUCGGAAAAAUGUCUAAGGAGACGGUCUCAGUUACUCUGUACGGAGCAAGGAAACACGACAAAAGUGGUCAGUUACUAAAGAGAGCAAUGAUGCUAGGAACGAAACUGCAGUUAUUAUGCUCUUAAGAUAUUAUUCAUUAUCUUAUUAUUUUUCAUGGUAAGUAUACAUAUCAUUAAGUAACUCUAUGCACUUGUAUUGAGAGUGGGGUUCAAUUUAGAGACCAGUUAGUUACCAGCAUAAGAAACAAGUCAAAAUUGCCUUUAAAUUGCCUUUUUUUAGUAAUAUGUUUGCAAUGUUUUAUUUAUAUUAAAGAAACAGCAUCUUAUAUCGUUACUGCACAAUAUUCAUUCAUCUUGGAAUAACUCCUUCAUCUAAGUUUCAGCCUCGCAGCAAGGAUAGGGAGUGAAAAUCGCCAGUGAUGCAUCUUUAGUUCUUGUCAGAUUGUCACCGAGCAUCGACACUCCCAGAAGGCGUGUGCGCUCUAAUCCUUCAUUAGUCUGGUUUCCUCAGUCCCGUACUUAACUCAUCCUCCGCUUUAGUCUUCCACCGGCUGAUCUCAGAGGGAUCCUGUUCAGUGUCCACAUUCCUGCGCUGAAUUUUUUUUGAUGAGGAUGGAAGACGCAAUAGAUUCCUGCGUUCAAAUAUGUCUCGGAUAGAUUAUAGACCAUCUGGUGAAGACAGGGUGUGAGGAGUAGGGGGGUCGGCUCAUGCCUGCAAUCGUCAUGACCAGUUUGUUGAAGAUGCACUGGUCUCCGGAGCACGCUGCCCCCUUAUCUCAGUGGCCUGAGCAGCACCUAGAUGUCACCUCUACCACCUCGCCCCCAUCUGGCCACAAACAUGACCCCUACUCUACAGCUGCCCGCCGUGGCUAUGCCCCUGCAGGUUACCCUUGGGCCAGUGAUGACAUAUCAGCCCUCACUGCUUCUUCUCUGCUUAAACGCUACGCUGAGAAGUACUCUGGCCUGGAGUUGUCCUACGAACGCCCCGCUGCAGGGGCCUACUCAGAGCCUGGAACUUUCCUGAAAACUGAAUCUGAGCCAUGGGCACUGGGUCAGGGCAUGGAGUGUUACCCUGGCCUAGAGGCAUUAACGGGCUCCAAGGUGGGUUCUGCCUCUGUGGGCAUCCCAGCCACAGGAAGUGUAACAGUAGUGAGCAGUAACUUGGCUUCUGAGCCAAGUUACAGUGGUACUAGCACCUGCAGUGCCCCUUCAUCUCAGGAAUACCCUCCUGCCUACAACAGCACCUACCUGUCCUCAGCAUACUGCCCUCAGCCCAGCGCAGCACUUCCCCCUGCCACUCUGCACUCUUUGCAGGCCACACCCACUCUAGUGCCCAGCUACACCGCCAGCACCGCUGUCUACAACUACCCACCUGGGUGCUACCCCCAAACCAGCCUGUCCUCUGGAUACAGUCACCCCAGUGCCUCCUACCUGCCCCCUGGCAUUAGUGCCCCAACUCCUCUGGCCCCUAGGCCCACCAUGGUUGGGGGCGGUUACAGCUACGCACCUCACAGCCUCGGAGGGAGCUCUGAGGCUGUGGUGCCACUGAAACGCAAGGCCUUUGAGAUGGCAGAGGAAGGACAGGAGGGAGCAGAGGUGGAGGGAUCACGCUACAGAAAGUAUGGCAACGGCCAUGGAAACGGUCAUAGCAAAGGCCACGGUAAUGGGCACGGCAAUGGCUACGAUAUGAGCGGCUCUACCUCAGAUCCGCAGGCCUACAAACCUGGAAAGCCCCUGAUGUCGCCCCCAUACGGCACGGCAGGGGACUAUAGCCCACCGUCGGGCCUAGCAGGAGAGAGUGUAUCAGGGGAGCACAACUUUCCCCAGCAGCAGAGAAUGUCUAUGAAGAUACCUGCAUCACACACACGAUCUGACGACCCUGCCGGAGGCCGCUGACGGCCUCAGUCGCCUCCAGGGGAGGAUUCCCUCACUCUUUGAGAGCAACCAGGGUUCUUAAUCUAGACAUAUUUGGGGGAAUGACAUUAGAUUUGUCAUCGAAAGGUUUUAUUUCACUUGCAAACACAAGAUGGCACAAGACUGGUAUUUCCUGUGCAUCUUUAACAUUUUCAUUAUUCAUGUUUUUCCAAAGAGUCACAGGGGCCUUUUGCCCGUGAGGUUGAGGUAAGUGUUAGGGGUGAGGUUGAGGCACUCUCUACAUAUAUAGCAUUAAGACAGGCUAUAUGUGCGAGUGUCUGUUUCUCUCAGGAUCCUAUUUAUUUCCUUUCUGCUACUGUGGCAACAUCACUGCAAUGUUGCAGAUUUAGAAGUUGCUGUAAUUAUUUGUGGCCAUUAUGUGUGUGCAAAAGGCCUUUGACUGCAAUAUGUUCUACCACACCACACACACAAAAAAAUCAUUACUGACCAAAAAGUAAGGAGAGCAAUAACUGAAAUGGUUAGAUUGCCAUACUACUUCAGCACAAUCACUGCUGCUUUUACACAGCUCACUCCAAGGCUUGUGCCACUUGGCCUUGAGAAAUGAAUGUUUCCCUGCUUUUUGCUUUCACUUUUCUUUUUUCCAUUUCCUUUCUUUCAUUCUGUGUCUGAACUCUGCUCUGCUGCCUCCUGCUCUCAAUCGAUGUCAUCGCUGAACAAAUUUAGUCUUUGUCCAGUUUAGACGUACCAAGCUGCUCAUCAAAUGAUUACAUGAUGGUGUACAUGAAGCAGCCCUUUGAAUAGUUUUGACCUAAAGACAGAUUGGGAAAAUCAUCUCAUGUUUUAUGUUAAUGUUUCCAGCAUUCGCACAAUGACAGUAUAUAGUAUAUUUGCAGAUCAUCUUCAUAGGCUGAUGUUUACAUGCAGAUUUCGAAUUCUCAAACAAGCAGUUAUAUUUUCUAAAGAGUCUGAAUAAUAAUAAUACCUGUUCCAUCUUGUAAAUUGUCUUGAGCAUUCAAAAUAUUACAAGAAGUAAUGAGCAUAGAAAAUCUACAACCAAAAAACAGAUAACCAUUAUUUAGUCCAAUCAGAGGCAACUGUUUGAAGGUAUGUGAGGCUGUUUGGAUGAACAGACCAGAUCUCUAACAAUUACAUUCUUAAUGAAGAUUUACCUGCUUGUCUUCUUGGAUUUCCUUUUUUCUUUUUUUAAAAAUAUGCAUUCUCUUUACUUUAGCCUCUCAAAAUGAUGAUGUAUAGUUGUUUUAUUGAAUACUCAGGAAGAAUAUUGUUACCUCAGAAUGAUGAAAUAAGAAUGUAUGUUAUUUACCUUUGGGUGUUUGUAAGGAGCUUUAUGGAGAAAGACAAAAGUGGAGCCAUGGCUUUGUCAAAGAGAAAAAAGAUACUCUGAACACUUCAGGGAAAUAAUGAACUUACAAGGCCUUUGAUACUAUAAGUAGAACACACGCACGCACGCACACACACACACACACGCACGCACACACCUGCACGCACACACCCGCUCGCACACACACACACACACACACACACACAAGCGUACACUCACAAACACACACACACACACACACACACACACACAAACACACACACACGCGUACACUCACAAACACACUGCUUCUUAGCUCUGGGGCAAUUAAACUUGAGGUUUUUGUACCAAGGCCUGAAACGUUGAAUGUAAUUCAGAUAUUUUUUUUAAAGGACAUUACAUGCCAUAAUGUACAUCAAUUUAUGUUUUUAGAUAUAUGAAACAUAUUUUCUUCAUGUAUAGAUGUAAUUCUCGUAUAGGUUUUGAUGGAGAAAUGAAUGAAAUGUUACUUGUGUUAGUUUAGUUAGCAGUGGGGGAAAUGGUUUUGUGGACGAAAAAGUCAAAGCAAAGCACUCCUGAUAGUUUGACAUAUCAAGACAUACACAUGCAACAGAAUGCAAUAUGCUCUAUAAUAGCUAUGUUUAUUAAUUGUCUUAACAAAGUGUCCAGUUUCCCACAUCAGUAUUUUAAAACUGCUUGACGGCAUGCCACCAGUCAAUCAGCUUGAAUUGAACUUUCACAUGAAAUGACACCACGAAGAAGGGAGAAGUUAACUGUGCGAACAUAAGUAAAGGGUGUGCACUGUCCCAAAAGAAAAACACAGUCACAACUCCAAACCCUUUUUAUCAAGUUGCGGCUUCGCGGCUCGACUAUUUCAUCCCUUCCUAAAUAGUGCCAUACAGUUAUAUUUGUGCAAAAUGAGUGCAAAAUUGAGGCUGUAACAAAACCCCAGUCCUGUCUGAAAGCAUGCCCAGAGAGUGAAUCCCCUUAAAUAGCAACUUCAGAUUCAGUCUGAAAUCCAGUGUGAUGAAAAAGUACUUUAAAGCCUCUUUUGGAAAUAUAAGCACAUUCAUAGAAUUACACUUAAUCAGAGGGUGAAACAGAUUUAGCUCCGAGUUCUCCUGAGUGUAAAAAAAGGCAACAGAUUAAUAAAUUGGUUUUAAGCGUAUGAAAUUGUAAUCUUACCCCCAGAUUUAAAAAAGUAUCUAAGCGCUUAGCUACAAAAUUUGAAUGCUCUUCAGUACCACACAAACAAUGUGCUCUACGUGAACCUACACGCUGCGGCACACAACGGUGCUCGCUGUUUCCUGGUGUAAACUCUGAUUCAUGGAAGCGUGUGGAGUUGAAUUUGUCCAGCAGAUCAAGAACGGGAUUUCAGUGUUACUUUGUAAUUCAGUUGUACUUUUGUUGUAUCUUGUACAUUUUCUGUAACCAUUUCUACCUCAUUCUGAAGACGUACAUUGAAAUAUUUAUUUCAUGUCAUUUCACUUGCCAGUUUAAGGAGCAAUGUUUCUAAUUCUUGACCUGUCAUAGUCUACCUCACUAAAGACUGUUGUGUCAUGGAAAUGAAGAUA